AUGGAUACAAAUUCAACAUUCUCGAUUCCUCAACAAUACACAACAAAUGAAACCAACGGUCAGACAAAAGCAACUACACAGCACUUAUUCGUUAUUCACUGUUUAAGUAUUUAUGCACUUGUACUCAUCAUCGUCGGCACCACAGGAAAUCUUUUAACAAUCAUCGUGUCAUUACGACGUCAUCUUCGUCGUUUUGUUACUGUACGCUACUUGAUCUUCGUCAGCAUAUGUGAUAUCAUAUCCUUGUAUGGAUGGAAUUUGAACAAUUUCUACAAAUUUCACGUUAGUCCGAAUCAAAGCAAUAUUGAAGAUAUUUCACUUGUUCAUUGCCGAGUUAUAUCCUUCAUGACAUUCGUAGCUUUGCAGUUGUCGAGUUGGUGUUUAACAGCAGUGAGCUUAGAUCGAGCAUUGAAUCUUUACUGGCCACAAUGGAAACGAUUGUACGGACGAAUAAGAUACACAAAAUAUUAUAUUUUCAUUUUGACAUCAAUUUGCGUUGCAUUGAAUAGUCAUGUUCUCGUUUUAAAUGGUUACCGAACGUCAUCCGGUCGUGUAACGUGCUAUUCUACGAGUACGAAUCCGGAUUAUAUCUAUCCGCAAUGGGAACGUGUUCAUCUCGUUCUUUACAAUCUCUGUCCAUUCGCGAUUAUGUUCAUUUGUAAUACAUACAUUAUCUUUGUUACCGUUCGAUCAAGUCGUGCACAAAAUGAUCCACGGUCGUCGAAGUUUCAGCGGAAAAGUGCCGAAAGAUAUCGGCAGUUCACCGCACUCCUCAUUCUUGUUACAUUUGCAUUUGUUAUAUUGACUUUACCAGCUUGUAUAUAUUUUGUAUUUUUUCGUAAUUACUUCGUCUACAAAACGCAACGUUCGUAUCGUUUUAUGAUCCAAGUUUUACUUAAUUCGAUUCAAUUCACAUCACAUGGUAUCAACUUUUUUCUUUAUUGCUUUUCAGCGAAAAGUUUCCGGCAUGAAUUACAUGGAAUGUUUCACGAACUCGUAUCCGCUUGUCGAUGCAGAUGUCGAUGGACAACGAAAGAAACGCGAGUGAAUAAUUAUCAAAUACGACAGUAUAUUGAAAAUCUCGAAAACAUACGAAUAUCACCGAGUCGCCCAUUGUAUCGUGAUCCAGACGUACAAAUGAGUCCCUAUCAAUUGAAGUUCUUCUCAGAAUUCAAACCAAGCAGUGACAAAAGUCCGAAUGGGCUGUCGUAG